CCGGAGAGGUCAACCUUGAUCACCUUGACGAUGGCGGUAGUCCUUGAUUUGAUUCGCGUGACGGAGGCGGCUCUUGACCACGAUGAAGCCGUGGCUCAUGUGACCCAUGAGAGCGCUGGCGGCAUCUCCACGUUUAUUGGAACCACCCGCGAAGACUUUCAAGGAAAGAAGGUCGUGCACCUCGAAUACGAAGGGUACGUGCCGAUGGCCGAGAAAGAGUUGCGAUCAAUAUGUACAUCAAUCCGGGCAACGUGGCCUGGCGUGGUGGGAAUCGCCGUGUUUCAUCGGCUGGGGGUGGUCGCCGUCAAGGAAGCGAGUGUCGUGAUUGCCGUGUCCUCACCCCAUCGACGGGAAGCGCUCGAGGCCGUGGCGUAUGCCAUCGACACGCUCAAAGCCCGCGUCCCGAUUUGGAAACUGGAAAAGUACGAAGGCGACGAUCGCAUGUGGAAGGAGAAUCCAGAAUGGCGUCAAACGAUGGUGCCGAUGGCGGCGGCGAUCGAAUAAAAACCAAAAUGUACGCCUAUCACUGUA